ACAGUAUCAGCUCACCUGUCAUCACAGUGGAGUUUUGGUGUUUUGUGUGUUUACACAGGCUGUCAGCUCUUAUCUGUUGGUGUUGCACAGGUGUAUCACAGUGAGAAGACAGCAGAGAGUAUCAUACUUCUCCUGCAUUAUUUCUCUGGCCUGUUAAAAUGUCUCGUGCUCUAACCCAUCUCUCUCCCACCAUGCUUCUUAAGCGAGAAGAAGACAUUUUGAUAUCCUGUCUUGCCACUUUUUCAGGUUUAUCUGCAUGUGUGUUCUGUAAGAGAGAGUUCACCCAAACUGUGAGGAUCCUGUGGUACGGUAAAGCACCAGCAGAGGUUUCGGUCGUGAAUGAGACGAAGAACAUGGUCUCUUUUGUGUUCUGUAAAGCCAACAGUAAACAGAACGUGACACAUGCGCUUAAGCGCACACACAAAAACAAUUAGCUCAGCACUCAAAUACUAUAAUACUGCGAGUUUGGGGAAUUACUUAAUCUAAGGUCACCAGCAGCAUUGCUGCUAUUAUUACUGUGUUUAUAAUGGCCAGGAGAAUUAUGACACAUUUUUGCUUUUAUGGUAUUAGUUGGCAGCUCUCUCAAAGACGCGUCCUCUUCAUGCAUAAUUUUUCUUCAUGCAUCCUGAAUGUGUUUGGCUUUAUCCCAUCCCAGUGCCUUUAACUGCUGAGUUUAAAUUCUAAAUCUGCUUCCCUUCACUCACUUUAAAGCCUGUCAGUUAAAAACUGGUCAUGGAUACUUUAGACCAUCAAAACUAAGCAUCGUGGCCUACUUAGGAGUUUAAGUGAGCAUGAAUGAAGAUGGGGCCCGUGUCAAAACUUGGUCUGCUGAAUUCAUGUAACCGUGUACACGCACGAGUGUAUUCAUUCAUGUGCAUCCACGGCGGUCAAAUCUUCUUGAUGUUACAGCGUUUGCUUUUCAUGUCUCCAUCAAGUUCAUUUUAAAGCUCGAAAGUGCAAAAGGUUUGCCUCAGCUAUAGUUUAGAUACAAAAAAAAAAAAACAUGUUAAAUUAAGUUUCUUUUUUGAAAGUUGCAUCAUCUCACACUGCUACUUUAAUCUUUAUUCCAGUGUUUUAAGGAAGAGUACUUAUUAUUUGGCACUUUUCAGACUCCGCAUUCUUCUUUCACAGGGGUCCACCCAAGAAAAGUGCUGUGAAACCAGCAGUAGAUGAAUGGACACAAAUCACCUCACUGUCCUGCUGUCCCGAGGACCGGUGGUCUUAUUUUAGCCUCACUGUCAUUGCUUCCUCGUCUAGUCACUAAUACACGAGUCUAAAUUUAGACAGACGUCAUAACAGAUGAUAUUAGUAUCGGUGUGUUCUAGUACAGAAAAACAGAAUGACGGAGAAGUGUGAGAACUGUGCUGAAGAACUGAAUACAUCCUGUAGUUGAUCCCCCCAUUAUUUCUAAACUCGGGAGACAUUCCAGCUUCUUUUCAUUGGAGUCCAGCAGAGACAACUAGAUACUCUUGAAAUGCCGGUUUAAAGCAGAGGACUUAUGGAGAACAAUGCAUAUUUCGAUUUAGACAAAACAUAAGCUACUUACCGCUAAUCAUUUCCGUUUGACACCCUGUGUGUCUUUAACCCGAGUAAAAAUGUGACAUGUUGUUCUUGGAGUUGAUGGCUUAAGAUAUGACCUUUACCCUCCCAGUGUGGGGACUGUAUGUCAUUGGAUCCUCUGUGCAAAGACUGGAAAGAUACAGCUUGGCUUUUACCCACUCUGGUGUGUGAGUGUCCGUGCGCGUGCUCAUGCUCGGUGGGCAACAACUAACAAUAGGACACGAGCGGAGAUGGGACAGGGGAUUGAGAGCUGUAUUAGAUCCAGCAGCGACAGAUGUGCAGACAGGAGGGAAAGUCUGGUGGGGGGAUAAUGAUAGUCAGUGUGUGUCUGUGUGUGUGUGUAAUGUUUAUAACUGCUUUCCUAUCAUUGUGUGUUUACUUGAGGCAUGUACUACUCUUCGCUCACCCCUCCAUCUGUAUGAGCACAUGAGUGCAUGCCUGAUGCAUGAAUAAUGCAUGUGCUGACCUACUGAGAAAAUGUGGCUGAAUUCAUUGCUGUUAGCAACAGAGAGAUGAAAAUGAUAUGAACAGCAUUCAACAAAAGUGCAAAUUCAAGCCAUGCAUCAAGUCAAGCUGUGUGGUUAUGACCUCUUGUUACGUAUGUACAAUAUUUGCACUGGAUGCUUGUUUUCAGUUAACACCUGAUCUUGCAAGCGAUGCUUCACUAGCAUUUUUUUACUGCUGUAAUUAAUUUUGCCGUAUUUGCUGACCUUGCACUGAUGAAUGUGAAAGUGGGCCAUGUGGAGGCAGCAGGGGUUUGUGUUGCUAGGCAAAAUAUCCAUACCUUGCAUCAUAUAUAUAGCUUUUUUUUUCCUAAUGUGAGAACAAUAACAGACUUCUCUGUUCUGGUCACCCUACAGUUGGUUUCUGGCUUUCAUGUAACUUCUACCUACAGAGGUUAACUGCUGUCGUUGUCCGUGGCUUUAAAUUUCCUUUGCCAUGGCCAAGCGCGAGGCUGGAAGUACCAGCCCUGUGGUGCGUCAGAUAGACAAGCAGUUUCUGGUCUGCAGCAUCUGCCUGGAUCAUUACCGCAACCCCAAGGUCUUGCCCUGCCUGCACACCUUCUGUGAAAGCUGUCUCCAGACCUACAUUCCCCCUGAGUCUCUGACACUCUCAUGCCCAGUGUGCCGGCAGACAUCUAUCCUGCCAGAGAAAGGAGUUUGUGCCCUGCAGAACAACUUCUUCAUCACUAAUCUUAUGGAGGUCCUUCAACGAGACCCAGAGUGCUCGCGGCCAGAGGCCUGCAGUGUGUUGGAAUCAGUCAGUGCUGCAGCUGCAGGGAAGCCGCUCUGCUGCCCAAACCACGAAGGAAAGGUGAUGGAGUUCUACUGCGAGUCAUGUGAGACAGCCAUGUGUUUGGAGUGCACAGAGGGCGAGCACAGGGAGCACAUGACUGUUCCUCUGCGGGAUGUGGUGGAACAGCACAAGGCUGCGCUGAAGACACAGCUGGAUGCCAUACACAGCAGGCUACCUCAGUUAACAGCAGCCAUUGAGCUGGUGAGUGAGAUCUCUCGACAGCUGAGUGAAAGGAAGAAUGAGGCAGUAGCGGAAAUUACAAGUACAUUUGAAGAGCUGGAACAGGCGCUGCAUCAGCGCAAGACGGCCCUCAUCACAGACUUGGAGAAUAUCUGCAGUACCAAGCAGAAAGUGCUGCAGGCCCAGCUUUCAGCUCUCCUCCAGGGGAAGGAACAUAUUCAGAACAGUUGCAGUUUCACAGAGCAAGCUCUCAGCCAUGGUAGUGCUACUGAGGUGCUGCUGGUUCAGAAGCAAAUGAGUGAGCGAGUAAACGCGCUGGCCAGACAUGACUUCCCAGAGAAACCUCAUCAGAAUGCACACCUGGACUGCCAGGUGGAGACCGAGGGCCUGCGGCGCUCCAUCCAGAACCUGGGUGUUCUCCUCACCACAGCAGCUGUGGCUCACACUUCCGUGGCCACAGGAGAGGGCCUCCGCCAUGCAGCAACUGGGCAACACCAAACUAUUACUGUGACAACAAAAGACAAAGAUGGGGAGUUGGUGCGGACAGGAAACGCAGUUUUAAAAGCAGAGAUAACGUUCGCUGAUGGGAGCCGGGCUGCAGAGACGGAGAUAACGGACAAUAAGAAUGGAACAUACGAGGUGGGCUACACGUUACGCUCUGAGGGAGAGUACUCGUUUUCUUUGCUGCUGUACGGACAGCCGGUACGUGGCAGCCCUUUCCGACUGCGAGCAGUUAAGCCGUCAGAUGUUCCGCAAUCUCCAGACGAUGUGAAGCGGAGGGUGAAGUCCCCCAGUGGCACGGGGGGCCACAUACGGCAGAAGGCAGUGCGACGGCCUUCCAGUAUGUACAGCACGACUAAGAAAAAGGAGAACCCCAUUGAAGAUGAGCUCAUCUACAGAGUGGGUUCUCGGGGUAGAGAGAAAGGCGAGUUCACAAAUCUCCAGGGGAUCUCAGCCUCUAGUAAUGGCAGAGUGGUGGUGGCUGACAGCAACAACCAGUGCAUACAGGUUUUCUCCAAUGACGGCCAAUUCAAGAUGCGCUUUGGGGUCAGAGGUCGGUCUCCAGGGCAGCUGCAAAGACCAACGGGUGUCACUGUUGACAUGAACGGUGACAUUGUGGUGGCCGACUAUGACAAUCGGUGGGUCAGCAUCUUCUCUCCUGAUGGGAAGUUUAAGAAUAAGAUCGGUGCAGGACGGCUCAUGGGUCCCAAGGGUGUGGCUGUGGAUAAGAACGGACACAUCAUCACUGUGGACAACAAGGCUUGCUGCGUCUUCAUCUUUCAAUCCAAUGGGAAACUUGUGACCAAGUUUGGAGGCAGAGGGACUUCUGACAGACAGUUUGCAGAAAAACUUGGCCCAAACAUAAAUAAAUCUGGCCCAGUUUUCAGCCCGCAUUUUGUUGCCGUGAACAACAAGAAUGAAAUUAUCGUGACCGAUUUUCACAAUCACUCUGUGAAGGUGUACAGCGCUGAUGGGGAGUUCCUGUUCAAGUUCGGCUCUCAUGGCGAAGGGAACGGCCAAUUCAACGCUCCCACUGGCGUGGCUGUGGAUGCCAAUGGAAACAUCAUUGUAGCUGACUGGGGUAACAGCAGAAUACAGGUGUUUGACAGCACAGGGUCCUUCUUAUCCUACAUUAACACUUCGGCAGACCCGCUGUACGGCCCCCAGGGCCUAGCGCUCACCUCAGAUGGACACGUGGCUGUUGCAGACUCUGGCAAUCAUUGCUUUAAAGUUUACAGAUAUCUGCAGUAGACUGAGGGGAAGAUGUCGCCGCCACCACCAACUCCUGCUUUAAAAAGCAAUGUCACAUAUUUCUUGCAGAGAAAAAGUUGCAACAUGCCUGCACACUUCCCAGAGGCUCCAUGUCCACAAAUUAAUUUCCUGUUCAUUUUGUCUGUAAAUACUUCAAGGAUUUAAUGUCCAGAAAUGAUAAAGAACGAACUUCCAAAACAUGCAAUUUUAAUGUUUUCAAAGACAAAAUUGGCUAGAUAUCACAAAAACUACUGACUACUGCAAGAACAGAAACCAUAAUUACUAAAACGGCAGUGAGUUCUUGGAUUACUUCUAUUUUUAAAAACAAUCAAGCAGGUAAACAUAUCUCAUAUAGAGACUUUCAAAUACUUGCGUUUUUUUUUUUAAAAGAAUGUGAAACAGCCUCUGCUCAACUAUACACCUGCAAAGUUAGAUGACUACAUCUUGUACAGUCGCGUUGCUGUUACAUGGCAAAAUAGGUCCAUAGACAGACAUGCAUAUAUCAAAAACACCUAAACAAUCAAUUAGGCAUGUCUAUAUUUUGUCAUUUUUGGUUUGUCUAACUUUAACUUUCCAUAAAGCUGAGCUAUAAUGCUUCUCUCCACCUCAUGUUUUUAUUCUCGGACUCUACUAGAGUAGCUUUGCAUGAUUCUGUCUGAAACAAGCUGUUUUAGUUUGAGGUUUGAGAUGGGCUUUAUCAGCAGAUGGGCAGUGUUGCGCUUCUCACAGAGCUGCGUGCCUGAAAAUCAAUAAUUCAAUUUUGGUACCUAAAAAUUUCAGCUUAAUAACUUGAAAUGUCAAGUUAUUGAGGGAAACAGAGUGCUUUAGGCAGCUAGAAGCCUGAGCUAUUAGCGCAUGGGAAUUAUUUGCACAAACACUUGGCUAUAUUUGUGAUUAGUAUCAAUGUCACAGUAAAAAAAAAAGUUUGUGUGUAUGUGUGUGUGUAUGAAUGACAUAGAUUAGGUAUAAGCAUAAUAGUUUACUCUGAUUGGCUUAGAGCCUAAAACUAACCAACUAUCGACAGGAAAAAAUGAACAGGAAAUUAACCCCUGGCUCAAAGGCCUUUUAGCUCUAUUCCCCAAGUGUAUCUUCACAGCCUGUCAGUCUUAAAUUGUUUUGGCAAUGCAGAUGGGCAACACUCAGUAUCCAGCAAACAAGGCAACGCAAUGAAGAUUCCCAGUUUCCUGAAAGGAACAUGAUGCUUUAUGAGUAAAAAAAAAAUGCUCAGGUCUUUCCUUGAACAACGUUGCAUGUUCGUGUGCUCUGAAAAUGAUCUUCUUGUCACUGCCUUACAAUAUUCAUCAGCGAACUCUGCAGAAACUUCAGGAAUGUGUUGUUUUAAAAGGAACUGCUUAUCAUUCUCAUUCUGCACCUUAUCAGUCUGACAUGAUCACUGCACAAUUAAAAUUCUUAUCAGUGUUUUUUUUAAUUUUUUUUAUUUCUAUUUAGCCAUAAGAUGAGUUUACGUAUAUGCAAGUUGUUUCAUUUUGGGAUCCAAAAACAAGCAUCAAAAAGCACAGUAGUUAAAAAAAAGGCUAAAUAUCUGAACCAGCUCCCCUUCACCCUAAAGUCGGAGCCCUACUAGCAAAACAAAAUAGUAACUAGUCCUUGCACUUUCGUAUAUUCAUACCUACAAUUCACUGUAGUUGUGCAUAUGCACAUUUACACGUAUGUAUAUAUUUAUACAUAUAUAUAUGGAUUUGGUGUCUAUAUAGCCUACAUAUUCCAGCACUUAAACAGAAACAAGGUCACGCCAAGUAGUUAACUGAAUGAAUGAAACAUCAGUGGAACAAAGUCGUAAUAAGUACAUAUUAUUUUCUGUAUUCUUUUUUUUUUUUUCCUUUUUGCAAAAGAAUUUAUUUAUUUACAAAUUUCUUUUCUACAUAAUUUGUUUGACAAAUUAUUUUUCUAAUUGGUCGGUUUGAACCUUCUCCUCCUCUUUGCCAAACUUAGCUAUACCAUUGUAACUUGUAGCACUCAAAGCUGUUUUCUGUUUUUGACUCUUCCCGGUCAAACAGUGACGUUUCCUUCUGCCAAAACCUAUUGUUGUAAGUUGCUGUUGAACAUUGCACAGAAUACAAAUAAUGAGAGUUAUAUAGUUUGCAAGAGUAAUAUAUGCCUCUAUGUAUAGUUCAUUUUGACAUAAUCAGAACGUGUACUGUAUAUUACAAUCAUAUUCCUGUUGUAGCUGACAAGCACUUUUAUCGUGGAUUUUCCAGGAUUUGUAUUCAUUUGCUCUGUAGUUCAAUGUUUAGAGGUUUUUGUUUUUUGUGUGUGUGGCUCUUACAAAAACACCAGCUAAUAUGCAGUGACACAAAAUCUCUCACCUGUGUUUUAGAAAUACUGUCUGUCCCCCAGUACUGACUCAUUCUGAUUUUCCAUCUGCAUUUCCUAUUUAUUGGAAAACUGACAGAUUGAGCUAAACUUCCCUUCUCACUAGACUGUAUUUAUUCUUUUUGUUGUUGCUUUUAACUGUCAAAAGACAUGUGGGGGGAAAACUGAAGCACACAGUAUUAAUAAAAUGACAUCAACUUUUGUGUAUACAACUGUGUACUACAAGAGGCCAUUUACAAGUAAUCAGUCCGUUCAUGUAUCACGGGGAAGGUAUGAUUGUAAAUUAAAGAAUGACUAAACUACUGCAAAUUGCCUGCUUUGUAUAACUAAACUUUAGUUUAUUAUACAGUAGACUCAUUUUUACAGUUGUUUUCCUUUGUUUCUUGGCCAGAUUAGAUAUCAGCAUCUCUCUUCAUGCCUACUUUGCCUACUAUGCCAGUUGUUUUUUUUUUUUUCCUGAUGUCCUCUUUUUCUAUUGUCAAAUAAGAUAAA